AUGGAGGAACCAACCACUUUGCAUUUCCAAGUUGUGAAACACAUCAUACGAUACGUAAAAGGAACCGUUGAUUAUGGACUCAACUAUGGAAGAGGUCGUGAAAUUGAAGAUUUGGUUGGUUUUACCGAUAGUGAUCUUGGAGGUGACCAUGUUGAUAGCAAGAGCACAAGUGGAAUGAUUUUCUAUCUGGGAAUGAAUGCGAUAACUUGGCAAUCCCAAAAGCAAAAGACUGUUGCUUUGUCCACAUGUGAAGCCGAGUUCAUGACAGCUACAAUAGUAGCAUGUCAAGCCAUUUGGCUUGCUAAUCUCGUGAAGGAGCUCACGAGACAUCAUAUCAUGCCUAUCACCUUAUAUGUCGAUAACAAGUCAGCAAUCGCAUUGAUGAAAAAUCCUGUGUUUCAUGGAUAA